AUGUGCCCAAGAGGAGAAGGAAAGAGCCAAAACCAUUGAGAUGUCAUGGUAACCUGCAUGUUAACACUGAUGUUAAACCAGCUGUGAUACCAAGAAAUAUCAAAAGCAAUAAUAUCAAGAAAUUAUCAGAACGAAGAAGAAUUAAGCUUGAGCAGAACAUUUUAAAUUCAAGAGAAAGGGAAGGCAAAGUACAUAGAAAGAAGGCAGCUGAGGUUGCUAAGAUAAGAAGGAUCACCAGGAACAAGCUCCCUAACACAGGCUACGAUCUCUGGGCUGAGGACAAUGUCAACUCCUCUGUCAAGGAGGUGGCAGAGUAUCAUGAAAAGUAUACCAAGAAGACAAAACCUAAAGCUCCUCAGCGCCUUAGAGCCAAACCUUCUGUGGUGCCUGCCAUUGAAGUUAGUCAUCCAGGAGCUUCAUAUAACCCAGCUUUUGAUGAUCAUCAGGAACUGUUAAAAAUAGCAAAUGAAGUAGAAAUUAAAAAACUUAAGGAGGAGAGCAAACUGGAGGAGAGACUUGCUCCAAUGCAAAAGAUGAGUUGGAAUGAGAUAGAGCAAUCCUGGAUACAAGAGAUGUCUUUGGGUCUUGAUGGGGAGGAGGAGGAAGAGGAGGAAGAUGGAAGUGACAGUGAGGAUGCUGAUGAUUUAACAACAAACCCCCCAGUGAGGCGGGAAAAUAAGAAAACAGAAAAACAGAGAAAGAAAGAGAAGUUAAAACUUGAGAAGGAGAAAAAGCUACAGGAGAUAAAAAUGAAGAAAAUAAAAGACAGCCAGCGUCUCAGAUUAAAAUCUAUCAAGAAAGAGGUGAAUGAGAUAGUGAAGCAACGUGAAGCAAAAGCUUCCCGAAAAGCUGAAAAAAGGAAAGCAGCCAUUGCCAACCCAAAAAAGCUGGGCAAACUGAAAUUUGAAACCCCUGACCUAGAACUUCAGCUAAGUGAUGAAUUAAAAGGAUCACUUAGACUCCUAAAGCCAGAAGGACAUUUAUUGGUGGACAGAUUCAAAAGCUUCCAGAAAAGAAACAUCAUAGAGCCCAGAAAGAGGGCCAAACACAUUAAAUGGACAUACAAACCUAAAUCUUAUGAAAAGAAAGACCACAGGGCUAUAAAAGCAUAA